UGACGCAUGAACUGAAAAACUUGCUCUUGCUUUGUAAUGCCGUGCAGCGCCUACAGGCUAAUGAGAUACAACUAGCGGUUUCCCGUAACCAACAGAAUAUAUUUUAAAGAUGUUGGAUGAAACAUUUGAAACUUCAAAAUCUAGCUAACAAAAUUCAGCCAUGAGAGCAAUCAGACUUCCUCCGUCUUCGCUGCUUACCGUGUCUUCAUCAUCAUCACAUUCUCGUUCAUGGCAGUGGAAAAAGAAACAUCCUAUCCAACUUUUCUCUCCUCAAUUACCCUCUUCUUCAUCUUUUAACCCUGGUGUUUUAGCCUUUUCUUCUUCAACCUCUGAAAAACCAAUUGAAGAAACUAUAAUAGACACUGUUCCUGAAUUAUCCUCCAAAAAGGGUCCUUUGAAAUCUGGAUUGUAUCUUGUUUCAACACCAAUUGGAAAUCUUGAAGACAUUACUUUGCGUGCUUUGCGUAUAUUAAGAUCAGCGAAUGUGAUACUUACUGAAGACACUAGACAUUCAGGGAAAUUGCUUCAUCAUUACAAUAUUAAGACUUCCUUAUUGAGUUAUCAUAAGUUCAAUGAACAUCAGCGUGAAAAAGCAAUAUUGGAAAGGCUUCGUGAAGGUGAUAUUGUGGCGUUGAUUAGUGAUGCAGGGACACCAGGCAUCAGUGAUCCUGGUACAGAACUAGCAAAGUUAUGUGUAAGUGAGAAGAUACCUGUUAUUCCUAUCCCUGGACCUUCUGCUUUGUUAACAGCGCUUUGUGCCUCUGGAUUGUCCACUGAGGAGUUUUCAUUUGUUGGAUUUCUUCCUAAACAAGCUGGAACAAGAAGAGAAAGAUUGCUGCUUUCUGCGAAUGCAACUGCAACACAGAUUUUCUUUGUUCCUCCACACAAGCUUAAUCAGUUUUUGGAAGAAACAUCUUCACUUUUUGGUGAUUCAAGGAAAUGUGUCAUAGCUCGAGAGAUGACAAAAAUCCAUGAAGAGUUUUGGCGGGGAAGUCUUGGAGAAGCUAAAGAAGCAUUCUCGGCUAAUCAACCAAAGGGAGAGAUCACGCUCCUAAUUGAAGGAAUAGCAACCUGUAUCCCCGAAGCUCCUUCAGAAGAUCAACUUGAACAAGAACUGAAAAAUUUAAUCUCCAACGGCCACAGUCUUUCCAUGGCAGUGAAAGUAUUAUCUGAAGCAACAUCAGCGAAACGGAAAACAAUAUAUUCCCUUGCACUACGAAAAUUCGGAAACGUGGAACAGGCCGAGGAAGAUUCAAGUUGAGGUGAGGCAACGAGGUAUACCAAAACAGCAAACAACAUACAUACAAAACUCUCUGGCUUGGGCUUGUAAUAAUUUGCGUACUCUAAUUUUUUUCAAAAAGAUAUUUUUUUCUAG